CUUGGUGACUAGCCUAGCCUGUCAGCUAGAACGGGAUCUUCUGAAGGGAAAAUAAUUUAGAUUUUUUAUUAUUAUUAUUUUUUCUUGAUUUUUAUUCGCAUUAUAAUCAUACAUUGGAUUUUUUUUUUGUUUUCAGAAAAUAGCCUACAUUUAUUCAUUUCCAAAAAAGUUGAAUCCUUUAGCCCAUUUGAGGAAUGAGUUGCGAAUAUUUUACAAAUAUGUAUUACGCCUAACUAUCAGUCAUGGCAAAUAUGCCUACGCAAAAGCACAAUUCUAGCAGCCGAAUCAUCAUAACCCGGGAGGGAUGAAAACAUCACUUAGGCCUAUAACCUACGUGAGUUAACGUUGAUCGCAAAAUUUUGAAGAACCACUACAAUUGAAAACUUGUCUUAACAUUUAAAUAUGUAUGAUUAAAGUUUUAAAGUCGUAAAAAUUGCGAAUAAUCGAGAAGAAGUUGGCCUUUUAAAAGUGUCCGGUUGUCGGUAACAUCGAGGAAUAUAAAAUGGACAGCGUAUUGGAAGGUUAUCUAUUUCAGAUGCAUUCUGGAACGUGCAGCGAUAUGCUGGAGCAAAUCAAGGAUAUUAAAGAUGUUGUAUCCAAAACCAAAGACAAUUCUGUUGUCUCGGCUUUACUAAACAAAGAAAUUGGAUUAAUUUCCUUGUUGUCCAAGUUCAGAGAUUCUAAAAAGGAUGACAACUUUGCAGAAAUAAUAAAUUGUGCCCUGUCAAUUUUGGGUGAUUUACUGGAAAAAUUUGGAGAAUCCAUGAGCAACCAUUUAGUGGUUAUUAAAAAUUUAGCAUUGAUGUACAUGAACUCCAAAAAUUCUAAGAUACGAGGAGCUUGUUAUUUUGUUCUUUGCCAAGUUGUUAUUACUGCUCAAACUUCACCAACAGAAAUAUUAGAAGAACUGAAUUUGCCAGCCCUUUCUAAUAUGCUUUUUGAAAAAAUGGCUACAUCUUCUGAUGAUAGUUCAAGCAAAGCGAAAAUGAAUUUCCUAGUACUCCUAGGCAGACUGGCCCAGUACUUUCCUAGUACACUGAAGGAAAAGGCCAGUCGCAUCAUUAACCAACUCCUUUAUGAACUUGAAAAGGAGGUGAAAAGGCAGCAUGAUUUCAAAGAUAAACGUGUAGCAGGCUGUAUUGAAGCUCUUACAGGAUUUCUCCAUUCAUUUAAUUCAAUCGUUGACCAAAAAUGUAGGGAAAAAAUUCAUAGUUACUUAUUGAUGCUUCUCACGAAAUUUUUACUGGUCGAUAAGAGAGUUCAUACCAAAAGAGCCGCAUUGAACAUGCUGGAAGAACACGCAUCUCUCUUCAAUAACUUGCUGCUAAAGCAAUACAAAUCCUGGUUCGAUAACUUGAAAUCUUAUGCUUUGCGCGAAAAAACAGAUAUUCUUGAAAGUGGUCUGAAAGCACUUGGGAAGUUUAUUGACGAAAGCGUAAAAAUUUUGAAGAUUGAAUCAGAUGCUACACACAAAUCAUCAAUACUCGAGUUUUUCAUGAAGAAUGUGAUAGAGAUUUUGGAAUCUGAUCAGGCUUCCCUCCAGCUCAAAUGUGUUGGCCUUAAAGCCUUGGGCGAGUGUAGCUUCUUGGUUUCUGGAAAGAAUGUAUCACACAUUUUUGAGUAUCUACUCAAUAAGACAUCGUUUAUUUGUAUCCAGGAGGAUACUUCAAAGAGCUUGGAUCUUUUUCCUAUUUGCCUUGAAUCCCUUGGACUUGUUCUCAUGCGCUAUGCUACCCCCGUAGGAAUUGAAAGAACACAGCAGCUACAGAAAAUGCUUGUCCAUCUUUUCUCGCGCUAUUUGGAUAUAGCUGAACGAAAUAGAUGUGGUCGAUCAGUUGCCGUGUUUUUAGUUGGUGUUCAUGCUGCUGUACAGAACCCUAUUAAUUUUUCUGCUUUUGUGAGGGAAGUUGUGAUUCAAAGUUUAAUUCGUUCUACCCGACCAGAACUUGAUUCUGACAGUAUAAAGAAGUAUGCCUCUCUUUGGAUUACAAUUAUGAAUUUCUCGUGCCAGACGGAUCUUCCAUUUAGUCUGGAGGACCGUGUUCGAGUUUCUGAAGUACUAGAUGGGCAGUUGGUUACUGCCAUUUCCACAAUAAUCAGCCGUCUAAAUUUCUCAGUAAAUGAGAUGGAAGAUUCAACGGUAGACGGAGAAAAAACUGAAAGUAGUCCACGAAAUCCUGCAGAUUGGCAACUAUUCCACAACCUUGCUGAUUUACUCGAGGAUUUAUUGAAGGUUAUUGAACCAAGGAAAAGAUUGCAAGAUUUGCUUAUUCCAUUCGGCAGAGAAGUUGUUGAAUUGUCAACGAAAUUUCCAUUAGUUCCGGGACUGUACCGUGUUUUGGCAUUGGUGUUGUCUAUUAUAGGGCAAGAUUUACCCGUUAUUCAUCACCCCACCUAUGAAUUGUACAUGUCUAGCCUAAUUAAUCGUCUAGCGCAACUUUCAGAUGAUGUCCUUGUCUCUGCCGUUCAGGCUGUUUUAUCAAGUCCUGCGUGGUUGGUGACCUCGCUCAGUAGUUCAGUCACCGGUGCUUUAGCUUCAGCCUUAAAGAUUGGUCUGACAUAUCCGCCUAUGGCUGAAUGGCCGUUGAACGCAUUAGAACAUUGGCAAACAGCAUUAUCCUUUUCCUGCAUCGAUCCCAUAAUGGAGGAAAUUCUACCUUUUCUCGAACCUUAUUUGAGUAGUGUGGAAAAAUUUACCAAGGAAGUGCCCUUUAUUAGCGGAAAACGAUUAAAUCGAUCCAAAGCAAACGCAACGCCUACUAUUGAUCGAGAAGCUUGGGCAAACAUUCAGCGUAGGAUUGUAAAAUUACUUGGCCGUAUGGGACCGAAAUGCAGCCGUUUGGUUCAUCAAAACGAAGACCACGUAAUUGCUCAUUCAGCUACUGGAUGGCAAAUCAGUGGCCACUUAGAAUUCGGACUUCCGCUGUCCGAUAUGAAGCCCGUCAUUCAACUAGAUGCGUUUCUUCCACGUAUACUUCAUCUAGUACAGCAUACGAGUGAGUCGGAAACACGAAUGGCGGCUUGCGAGUUCCUUCACGCAUCAAUCCUAUUCUUAACUGGAACAAUCUCACGUCGUACCGAAGAAAUUCAACUGCAUUAUCCACUUACUCCUUUGUAUUCAAAAUCAUUUCCAGUGAUAUUGCACUUGGCCGUAGAUUCUGAUGAAGUCAUCCGUCAACUCUUCCAUAGUCUUCUAUUCCAAUUAGUGCAUUGGUUUUCCCGUCCAACUUUCUGUCAAAACAAGUCGAACGGACGUCGAACUGUUUUGGGAGCCGAAACAGUUGCUUUGUUGGAGCAGUUAAUGGAAUCUGCUUGCAGCGGCCUUGACACAUCUUUAGUGCGUGAUCUUGCUUGCGAUUGUUUGUUAGAAUUCCUGAAAUGGACUGUCAAACAAAGCAGCGAUGAAAUUCUUUGGGAAGACCCUGCCGUACCAGAUUUUAUCUUCCAGAAACUGCGCGCUUCAGCUACCCAUCCAUCGCCGCAUCACAGGUUAGGUGCAGCAAUCGUAGUAAACAAGCUCUAUCGCGUUAUGCGGGAAUAUGAACCGCUUACAUCCAUCUACACAUUGGAUCUUUUGACUCAUUUUGUCCUUUGUCUGUCGCUCGCGGAACAAGACGCGUCUUCAUUGGGAACUGUACAUGAAUCAAAAAAGGUCCUCUACAACCUAAUGCGAACGGUGAUCUUAAACAGAAGUCUCUUUGAAAAACCUGAUGCUCGACGACGAGUUGCCCCAUUCAUGAUCCAAGGAACCCUAUCUGAGCUUCUUGAAAUUUUGUUGGAACACAUUUUUGGAUCGCAGCAGCAUUGUCGGCACAUCUGCGUAGAACUGUGUGAAAUUCUAGCUCGUCCUCAAUCGCUUACCGAAGUGGUAACACAAUUCCUGUCUAGACGGCCAUUAGAAAAUCUCCUUCCUUGCAAGUUCCCAUUCUCAGCUCGUCUUGAUGUAUACCGCAUCCUACUUCGGCUUGAUGUUAUCGAAACGAGCAAAUGCGAUACCGACGCCAACAGUUUAAUGCAACUUGAAGUCUUCGUCGGAAACCUCGAGAGAAAACUUGAAGAAAAAUCCUCUGAUACGGAAGUUCCAUUAAAUGAUGGCAGGAUCCCCGAAAGCUUCAUGGCGUGGAUAGGUUUUCUAACUGAAUAUUUACCAAAGUCACAGAACUGCAGGUUUCUUCAUGUUAAAACAUUGGUCCGUGCCUCCCUCUUCCCGUCGAGAUUGGGAUUCUCUGUUCAUACUGCAGCAUCAAGACAACAACUCUACACAUGUUUGGAGACUCAACUCUUUCCGUUGUUGAGCCAACAUAAUGAAGCCAUCCUUUCCGUUUUAACUGAAUUUCAACUGGAUCGUUUUGAUUUUGCUGAAAGACAUAGUUUGGAUAUUGUUCGAGGGUUUGUCCUAAUCGCCACCAGCGGGUGCAUGGGUGCUAACGUUUCCUACUGCAAAUCUCCGACUGCUCUUUUGAAAAUGGCCGUCGACAACAUCGUUAACAAUGACGAAGCAUUGCUAAACAGAAGUCAAAUUAAUACGGGAUCCGACUCUUUUUCCGUCCGAUUGAAGUCAUCCUCGAUGCUGAUGGAAUUGGCACUCUUACUGGGACUCAACAUUGAAAUUCUAGUCAAUGAAUUCAGAAAUUCUGCAAAUAUUCCGAACUCUGCUGUUACGUAUGGACAGUAUCUUUGUACGAAACUUGGAAAAUCGGUGCUUCCAGUCGUUGUCCGUCAACUUCAAAGUAUGCAGCCGUUUCUCCCCCAAAUAGGCAACGGCGACCCUCAACAGUGGACUUUACUUUUGGAACUUCUACAAGUAGCCCAUCAAUCCCAGGAGCUCUCGAAGAAAAAGUGGAUCGUUCAAAAUGUGUUGCAUUCCUGGAGUGUGUUAGAGCGACAUGCAGAAGAUUACCGCCAAAAAUGUCAUCUUCAGUCGAUUGUUAACUGUAUUGCAAUCAUUGACAUUGAUGUAGUUGGUCGGAAUAGCGAUGUUAAGCGCUGGAUCAUCAGUUGUUGGAACCCCAGUACUGACGUCAAUUUUGCGAGUGAACUGGUGCAGUUGCUAAAUAUUUUUAUCACCAAUUGCUCCGAGUGUGAAGAAAAGAGUCUAACUUCCUCAUUGCAAAAUUUUUUUACGCAUAAUUUUCCCAGCAAGACCACAGGAUUGGAUAAAAAUUCAGACAAGACCACUUACUAUUCCAUCGUUAACCGGAUGAUCGGGAUAAUACGAGUCCCGGUAGUUUUCCACUUUCUCGUCGAUGUGUUUGCGUUAGAGCCUCGCCACUCUUGUGUUCCGGCGUUCAUGGAAUCGGUGCAAAACGAAGAUUGGGCCAAAAGUACCUGCGGACAUUCAUUGAACCAAGCAUUGACCAAACUCUAUCAGCAUGCUAAAAUGCGGGCGAUUAAUCCCAAGACUAGAAUUGAUGAGAUAGAAAUGCUUUACGUGCCACUAUUGACGGCGCUUCCGAUUUCAGUUGUCGAAGAUCAUCUGAAUGGUUUACUACCGGAUGUCCUCCAAAUGUAUGACAACAAGGGCACUGGAGCCGAAUUGUUCAUUCAAAAAUCAGCUUUGUGUGCACUUCUUGCGGUUGCUCUCGUUCGUGUCGACUAUCAACGACUUUCUAACCACCUAAACGCCAAUUUCUGUGCCUUGAAAAAAGCACAACAGCCAUCAGGCGACAGCAAGGGUCUUAUCAAAUGUUUAAUGCAAUUUGUAUUAAAUAUUCAAAAAAUCGUUGUCCCAGGGAAUAAUAAUGAAGUGGAAACGUUUGAGAAUUUGGAGAGAUUUGCUUUCAAACUAAUGCUAGCAAUUGCAUUGAUAACCCCAUCAUUAGACGAAGUACGUGUGUAUCGAUUGAUUUUCAAACCAAUGAGUCAGAAAAUGGCAAUUUGGAAUGCCGUGGUUGGUACAAUUAAAAAAUACAACCUGACGGUCGAAGUGGAGCGUCAUCGUAAAAGAUUCCUUGUUUACAUUCCUGCCGUUUCAGCUGAAAAUCGGCCAAAUAAAGGAUACAUUCCAUCUCAAUUUCUUUUCGGAUCAAGCCUCAGUGAGGAUGUGUAUCGAUUUGAUUUCAACCAGGCGUCUUUAUCGACGGAUUUUGGGAGCUAUGAUGAUAGUCGAAAUGCAUCGGUAUUGUCAUCAACAAAUGAAGAAGCAUCUUCAUCCUUAAUGUAUCUCACAUUAGAUGACCUAAACAAACAUCCCUGCAUGGGUUUACUCGUAAAUUUUCUAGAAAAAUUUUAUGCCAAACAAACUGUUCUAGCUGACUCUGAACCGGAAUGGAUGAAUAGUUUGCGAGAAACUUUACUUAAUCCAUCUGCUCAUACAAACGUCGUUCUAUUCAUCGUUCGACUUGUCAUAAAUUUGAAAUCUAUAUUCCAGCCAUACGCGAAAUUCUGGUACAAAUCGUUACUAAUUGCAUUUUUACGGAAGAUUGGCGGUGAACCACUCAACAGUCUAUUCCGUGAAGGUCUUGACGUCAUGCUCGAGUGGUCGAAAGAUAAACCACCCUCUGUUGACGAUGUAGAGUUCGCUCAAGCGGCUUCAAAUGUACUACAAUUCAUCCUGAAAAACAUGUAUAAUGCAAAUUCAGAAAUAUUACGAGAUAAUAUGGAAAUGCUUGCAGCUAUUUUUUGCGUGUGGGACAAAAUCUCCCUAAGCAUUCCAUAUGAAAUUGUGGAAGAAUUGCUGUCGUCCGACAAAAAAAAGGCAAAAUUGGGUUUGCAAAUUUUGGAUGUCAUUGUUGUGCAUGGAUUUUUUCCAAAGAAUCAUGAACAAAAUUCCCGUUUCAAACAACGCUUGGCAAACUUUUUGAAACUUGAUGAAAAGCGGGAUUUGAGUCGGUCUUGUGCUGCCCUCUGCGGAUCCAUUCUUUCUCGAGAGACCGACAAAGAUUUUGAAAAACUUGUUUGUGAAGCACUUCAAAUGUGGCACAACAAGAACAAGGAUGAUGUUUUUGUCGAUCUUUUGUUUGAGGUGGCUAUUCGAUACCGUCCUGUCCUCUCCCAAUUCGCUGGCUUCAACCUCUCACUAUUCGGAAGUAUUUAUGGAACCCUAAGGGCCAAUUGUCUAGAAAUCUUGGCCAUAUCAUGGCAUUACAUGGAAGACCCUUGGAAAGAAAUAGGGUUUAAAACAAUCGAAUCCGUUUUGAAAGGGUCUAACUCUGCUGAAUUGUGUCCUGUCCUAUCGCUGGUGAAAGAUCUUAUCCCUCGCCUUGAAAUUAAUGAAUGGAAACCGCUGUGGCCAACGCUGAUUCGGUUGUCGCGUCACGAAAAUGUCCAGUGUCGUUCACGUCUCUACGAAGUCUUCAAAAAAGCGUUUGAUUUAAGUGACCCUCGUGACCCUGAAUUUGCCCAAGCGAUUUUACGCGCUUGCACCGAUGAAAAUAAGGAACUCGCCGUCAACAUGCAAAACUUUCUUGCUGAGAAACUUCCUAAUUCAACCAUGGAUCGCCUCCUAGUUUAUGUGACGGAUUUUUAUUCUCCUGGACCAGAAGAUUAUUUCUUGCCGUACAGUUUGCAUUUUCUCCUCGAGCGUACUACUCAUAGUCAUAUAUAUAGAGAAUCUAUCUUCGAUCAACCUUUGGACGAUAUCCCGUUCCAGCUAUUGGAUCUGGCUUCUCUAAGUUCACAAUCUCUCUCCCAGCGGCCUUCGUGGAAUAAUUUCGGGCGUAGUUUCUCUUACGGAUCAAUUCAACCUGGAUUUCUUCGCGCAACACAAAGCGUAUCAAGCCGCGCUACCUUUCUCCCUACUCCCUCACCUGCCAAUUGGCUGAUGGCUGAAACACAAUCAGCAAAACCUUCUGUUACGUCUCAAAUGGAGGGGAAGAAAACAUCAUUGCCAAACCCUGUGAACGAAACUUUUAAAAGUCCGUUAAAAUCGUGGAAAAGAUUCACUGCAACAGGCCCGCCACCCGUUAAAUUGAGCUAUGAAAAUCGGUCGAAAAGCAAGCGAGAAACUUCUACUUCUAGUCCACCUACGCUUUAUCGCAAGUAUCGUAUAGGCGAACUACCUGAUAUUCAAAUACCGCCAUCUUCGCUAAUCGCACCGCUAUGCGCAGUGGCUCUAAAUGAUGCUGCAUUAGCUAAAGCCUUGUUUUGCCAUCUUCUUUCCGCUUUUCGGAAACAAAUAAAGGAAAUUCAAGGGGAUGAUAGUGAAUUCGCAUUACAACUAAAUACCGCUCUCGAGUCGAUCGUGGAGCGUCACCAGCCGCGCAGCAGCAACUCCAACUUGUUAGCUGCCAUCAUGGAAUAUUUUUGGACCAACUCGGUUGAUGUUGCUACGGAUAUUGAAAAGUUAGCUCAAUCAAUUAAAGCAAGUCACCUGCAAUCGUUGGGCAUUUUGGUCAUAGAGUCCUGUUUGCCUGAUUGCUUAGUUUUAGAACAAAGUAAGAAACCUAGACUUGAGAAGGUGAAACACGAAAGCAGUAGCUGGUUCCAUGUAGCGGACUUGUACGGAGAUAUCCAAGAUGUGGACAACGUGAGGGCCGUAGUGACCUAUCUAACUGGCUGCAACAAUUCAACUAAGAAAGCCAUUGAAAGUGAAUCAAAGAAUGACUGGAACAAAGCCUUUCAGUAUUAUAGUCAAACAUUAGGUGAUGUAUCACCCUCACCUGAGAUUAUGUUUUGUCGCGAAUAUGGAUUCAAAUGUCUCGAGGAACUCGGCAGGUGGGACGAGAUUAGUCGCCUCAAACCGAAAACGGAGCCAUGGAAUAUCCGAUCCCGCGUUCGAAAUUCCUUAAAAAACUUUCCCGCCGGCCACAAAAUCAAAGAACUAGACAGCGUUCAUCUGCCUUCCGUUGAUCCCAUGCUUUUAACCGACUUGGCUGCAUUGGCUUUGCGGAAUGGAAAUAGAGAUCGGGCCAUAACCUGCAUUUCUAAGGCCACAGAUGAAUUCAUUUCUCGUUACUGUCAGCUGUCUGCCUUGAAUUUUGGCGGCCGACAAAACCUCCUCCAACACGUCUGCAUCAUCACUGAGAUUGAAACGUUCUUACAUCAGUCUGAUAUCCCGAAAAAUCUGAGUCUUCCACAUACGGGUGACAACGUCGUCGUCUGGGAUUCUAUCUUGGCUCUGAGAACCUUUUUUACUAAGUGUGACAAGACGAAAAGUAAUGUGGCAUCGGUUAAUUCACUGCGUCUACAACUGGCUUCGAUUGCCAUAGAACAGAAGAACGUUGGACUAGCUCGAAAACUUGUUGAUGGAGCUGUUGAUGUCCACGAUCCAGCAAUUAUGUCUCUUCGUUAUUUGAUGCAGAGCAAAGUUCUGGCCAUGGAAGCAUUGAGAUCCGACAUUGAAUUGACUAAAUUAUGCGGAUUAAUCUCUGCAAAGGAAACCAUCAACCGUGUCGCUGUAACUACGACUAGCAGUUCCUCGGAAGAAGUUUUAUGGAAACUCGACCUUGAAAGAUUUGAAGCAUUUCUAUGUGCUCAAGUAUUUCAAGUAGUAAACAACAUGCAGCCUCAGGAUUUGAUUACCAAGCAGGCUAAACUGACAGAGUUGUGGAAUGUUCAACCUAAAGAAAUCAUUAGGGAAGGGUUGCAACAUGCUGAACGCCAGACAAAACUCGCUGAAAUUGAAUGUGUUGCAGCUAACAUGUCAGAAGCCUAUCUAAAUUUGGCUAAAUAUUUUUACAAAUGGAAAACCACAAUGUCGGAUGAAGAUUAUAACAUUGGAUUUACACGAUCAGUUCUUGCUUCUAUGCGCUAUGGAUCAGUUGAUGGCCAGGCUCUAUUUCCCCUAGUCAUCUUAGCCGUUAAAGACAACAGUUCAGCUGCGGAUGUAUUCCAGAGUUCGCGCUCAAACGUCCCAACUUCCAUGUUCCUGCCUUGGGUUAAUCAACUUGUCUCAUAUUUCGCUUUGUCGUCGGCAAUUGCAAAAUUACUUCUAGACAUAUCAGAGCGAUAUCCUGUCCACGUAAAACUACCUUUUGGCAUCACUCGGUCCACUUAUAGUCAGGAAGUGCUGAACAUGUAUGAAACUCGCAAACUCGAAGCAAACUUGACGGCUGAAUAUUCAACAUGGAAAAUGUUUUUGAAAAGUAUUGACUAUCUGAAACCUCCAGAAAGAGCAGCUCAUGAUUUAUUAAAUUCAGAAACUAGGAUGAAAGACUUUGAGCUCUUUAAUUCCAUGUAUUUGAACUUGUCCCCGCCAACAGCGACUUCAUCACACGGCCAUGUUCAUCAUUCGUUUAGUGUGAUGUACACGUCAAAAUUUCAGGAGGCUUUUAAGACUGGACGACUCAGUGAACUUAGCAACUUAUUGCACUCGUUUAAAAAGCAAACUUUUUCUGGUCUUAGAAGCCUUAAAGACUAUUCCCCUUGGUUGGCUAAUUAUCGCCCAGGAGGCAGCUUCUCAAACGGGUUAUUAGAGCUUCCCGGAUUUAAAGGAAACACUCUCAAGGUGGAAGCAUUUAGAGAUAAAAUUGAAUAUUUAAACUCGAAACAAUUUCCUGCGCGAUUGACAUUCGUAGUGAAUGGCGCGGUAGAAUAUCCAGUCCUUGUGAAACAUGGGGAGGAUGUGAGACAAGAUGAGAGAAUCAUUCAAUUACUUAAUGCAAUUGACGUUGUCCUUAUGAGGGAUGUUGAGAGUAAAAAACGAAGUCUGCGCAUUCGAACUUUUCAGGUGAUUCCCAUUACUAAUUCCUGUGGAAUAUUUCAGUGGUUAACAGACACCCUAACUUUGAAAGCCUUCUUGGAAACGGAUUUGGAGUAUCGUUCUUCUUCAAUAGCCAUUAAAGAAGACCCAAUCUAUAACAUAUGGCGAUCAGAAAGUGUAAACUAUGUAAUGAACACUCCGCAAGACAAGUUAAUGGACAACUACUUCAAAUUGGCUCAUCGCAGUUAUCGUUAUGGUCUCAGAGGUGCUUUGAAGAAACUUUGCCAAUCACCAGAAGCUUAUUUUUAUCUGCGAAAUCGAUUAGCAGCGUCACACGGUACCCUGUGUUCAGCUCUGUGGACUCUGGGGGUGGGGGAUCGUCACCUUUCAAAUUUCCUUGUCUCCACAAGAACCGGUGAUGUAAUCAGUAUUGAUUAUGGCAUGGCUUUCGGUAUGGGCACAAACCAACUUCCUGUGCCAGAAGUCGUACCGUGUCGAUUGACAACACAGUUCCAGUUCUUAAUACCAGGUCUUGGCCUCAAUGGUUGCAUUCGUGAAAGUAUGAUUCACACUUUACGUGUUGCCAAGGAAGAAUCGGGUUCGAUUAUGGCGGCAUUAUCUGUUUUUGUUACCGAACCGACUCUUGACUGGUUAAAACAUGCUGAAACAAUGGCCAAGCGUUCUCAAACCAAAAAAUUGGAAAAUAAUUCAGCAGUAUGGGCACCGGUAGAAUUUCUUCUUAGAACAGAAAAUUUGUUGAAUGGGUUUCACCCAUCUAAAAUCACCUGUGAUGAUCUGGAAAAGAACAAAAUUUUCUCAACGACGGAAGGACGAAAGCUUCUACCUCUGGUAGUUUCUGUAGUUCAAGGAACUGAUUGCCCUACUGCUGUUGAAACCAAAUCGGAUUCCGUUGUCAAUAAAAGAAAAAUAGAAAAUACAAAAGGCCUUCGAGUAAACAUGCCAAAACAGGGACUUUCCUCGGACCAGCAGGUUGAGUGUUUGAUUGAGCAGUCUACAGAUCCUGCAUGCUUAUGCCGAAUGUUCUCGGGUUGGGAGCCAUGGAUGUGAAAUCCUAAAAUUUUGAUUAAUAAGUUAAAUUUGUCUAACACGUUUACUACUGUUUUGUUUAAUACUAAAAGGGGGAACAAAAACCCAAAUAAAAUUUAGUAACCAUG